GGCUCUGUGCUGCUUGCGGUGCCACGGCCGGGUAGGGCGGGCAGACGGCGCGCGAGCSAUGGCGGACCCGAGCUCCUUCGCGUCUCCCGCGUGCUGCCUCACGCGGCACCUCCACCUGCGCUGCCGCGUGGACUUCGGCGCGCGGGCGCUGCGGGGCACGGCCGCCUUCACCGCGCGCGCGGAGCGCGAGGCGCUGCGCUGCCUGGUCCUGGAUACAAAAGAUGUACAGGUCUUUAAAGUGACUGUAAAUGGACAGGAUGCACAAUUUGCUUUUGGAGAAAAGCACAGUUUCAAGGGSACCCCCCUAGAAAUCACGUUUCCUAAUGAACUAAGAAGGGGACAAGAAGCAAUUGUUGAAAUCUCUUUUGAAAGCUCUCCACAGUCUUCAGCUCUCCAGUGGUUUACUCCAGAGCAAACUUCAGGAAAGAAACACCCAUUUCUCUUCAGCCAGUGCCAGGCUAUCCACUGCAGAGCCAUCUUUCCAUGCCAAGACACACCUGCUGUGAAACUAACCUACUAUGCAGAGAUAUCCGUGCCCAAGGAGCUGGUGGCUCUUAUGAGUGCUAACCGCGAUGGAGAGGCACCCGAYCCAGAUGACAGCACUCAGAAGAUUUACCGUUUCAGUCAGAACGUUCCUGUACCUUGCUACUUGUUUGCUUUAGUGGUUGGAGCUUUAGAAAGUCGAAAGAUUGGCCCAAGGACACUGGUGUGGGCUGAAAAGGARCUAGUGGAUAAAUCAGCCUAUGAAUUUUCUGAGGCUGAAGCUAUGCUGAAAACAGCAGAAGACUUGGCAGGACCUUAUGUGUGGGGACAGUAUGAUUUGUUAGUCUUACCACCUUCUUUUCCUUAUGGUGGCAUGGAGAAUCCUUGUCUUACUUUUGUAACUCCAACACUAUUGGCAGGUGAUCAAUCUCUAUCAAAUGUUAUUGCUCAUGAAAUCUCUCAUAGCUGGACAGGAAACUUGGUAACCAACAAAACAUGGGAGCAUUUUUGGCUGAAUGAGGGUCAUACUGUGUACCUGGAACGCAGGAUUGGUGGUUGUUUGUUUGGUGAGCAGUUCAGGCACUUUCAGGCCCUUGGAGGUUGGAGAGAGCUGCAGAAUACAAUAAAUACUCUUGGAGAUAAAAAUCCUGUAACUAGCCUCGUCAUUAAUCUGGACGAAGUAGAUCCUGAUGUUGCCUAUUCAUCCGUGCCAUAUGAGAAAGGCUUUGCUUUGCUUUUUUACCUUGAACAGCUCCUUGGAGGACCAGAUGUCUUCAUUGGCUUCUUGAAGGCUUAUGUUCAGCAGUUUGCUUAUAAGAGCAUAGUAACAGAAGACUGGAAGAAGUUCUUGUACUCCUACUUCAAGGAUAAGGUAGAUGUUCUUGAUAAAGUUGACUGGAGCUCGUGGUUUCAUGCUCCAGGAAUGCCACCAGUGAAACCUACGUAUGAUAUGACACUGUCAAAUGCUUGUGUUGCCUUGAGCCAAAGAUGGAUCAAAGCAAAAGAAAGUGAUUUGGGCUCAUUCACCUCAGCAGACCUGAAGGAAAUGUCAUCGCAUCAGAUAAUUGAGUUCCUGGCACUGUUGCUAUUGGAGGAACCUCUCCCAUUGUCACAUGUCCAACGCAUGCAGGAAGUAUAUGACUUCAAUGCUGUAAACAAUUCUGAAAUAAGAUUCAGAUGGCUGCGUCUCUGUAUCAGGUCCAAAUGGGAAGAAGCUAUUCCUCUGGCUCUAAAAAUGGCGACAGAUCAGGGCAGGAUGAAGUUUACUCGCCCAUUGUUCAGGGACCUUUACAGUUUUGACAAGAGUCGAGAUCUGGCUGUCAAGACUUUUCUAGAACACAGAGCUUCUAUGCACCCUGUCACUUCAAUGCUUGUGGGCAAAGACUUAAAGCAGGACCAGUGACAAAUGUACUGAUUACUUUGAAAUUUUCAUGUUGCUGAAAGAAGAGACUGAUUGCUCAAACUCUUGAUAUGCAUGCUUGAUUAUGCCAUAAAAUGCUCUGCUGCUUUGGUGCUAAUGUAACUUAAAAUUAAUUUUCCAAAUCAAGUUCAGUACUUUCUAUUUUGCUUUCCAGCUAAAGUAGCAAAAAUGCUACAUCUAUGGAAUUGAAAGAAUGUUUUUGUUACAAGCAAUUUUUAGAAUACACAAAAACUGUUCUGAGGUGUGGUCAUUUGUCAGUGAUAGAACUGAAAAACAUGGAAAAUUAAUUGAUGGAUGGUAUGGAUUUUGUGCACAGCAUUUUUUUCCAUAGCACAGUGGUCGAAGUUUCAAGUAUCUAAAGACUAAAAAAUAAAUAUUUUCAUUCCCUACUUUUCUGUGUAAUGAUCUGUACAAAAUCUUUUGAUGUAAUAGUUUUAUUUGUUCUUCUUUGUUGUGGGAGAAAUUUUUAUGAUGAGCUCAAGAGGACAAUGAAGACUGAAAUGAUUUUUUCAACCCAUUAUAUAUUUUCAAAACUUACUGUUGUACGUGAGGGGCUAAAGCUCAAGUCUUUCCUUACCCAGUUUGAUUUUUUUAAUAUUUGCAUUUUUUAACCAGUUCUGAC